ACGCGGGCGCUUGCGCUCCCGGAAAAUCGUCGGGUGGUCGUGGCGGCGUGUCUCGCAUGUGGUUCAGUACGGACGCCGUUCGCCCGACGAUAGACACACGCGCCCGACCGUCGCCGCCGCCGUCACUUUAGCCCGCCGCCGCCUCCGCAGCUGAUCGCAAUAAGCAAGCAGACAUGAAGAUGAGCAAAGUGGGCAACCAAACCAACUCUCAAGAUCCUCAGGCGGUUAACUCUCGGGUUUUCGUGGGAAAUCUCAACACAUUUCAAUGUAGCAAAACCGACGUCGAAAGAAUGUUUCAACGAUACGGUCGUCUAGUGGGUAUAUCGAUGCACAAAGGAUUUGCUUUCGUUCAGUUCACUAAUCCCUUUGACGCUCGCAGCGCCUGUGUCGGAGAAGAUGCCAGGACAGUUUUGGGACAAACAUUGGACGUAAACCUAGUGGCCGAACCGAAACCACAUCAGACCGGUAGGAAAAGGCAAAACUUAUCGAAAACCGGAAACGACUGGGAAUAUUAUUACAACAGCUAUUAUGCCGCCUCGUCAUCGACGAUAUCUCCGCCGACCACUGUGACGGGCAACAACUGCAAUAGUGGUGGCUCAAAAGCUUCGAAACGUCAAAAGGUUAGCCAUCAGUUUUCGGCAAAGGGUGGCCGUAACCAAAAUGGAGGAUGUGGUGGUGGUCAACCGACAACCGGACAAGGGUUACAGCAACAAUCGCAUCACGCCAUCGUGCCGGACCAACUCAAACUGUACAGCAAUCCAGACAUACUGAUAUGUGGUAACUGUCGAGAGAUGUUCACUGAACUGCAAGGUUUGUUGGAUCACAAGAAGGAAUACUGCAAGCUCAGGUUCACGUGCAAGUGUAACAACUCAAUCAAGCCUAAUUUUAACAACAAUAACAAAUGGCCCGGAAACUUGAACGAAGGCUGCAUAUCUUUAGUGUGCGUCCAGUGUAAAGAAUCAUUCGAUAGCGCUUGGGAUCUCAUGGUGCACGCGCAAUCGGCACAUAUGAUGAACGUCUACCAGUUGACUACCAGGGACCAGGUUACGGCGUCACCUGUGGGUACAGAAUCAGAAAACGGAUCAACGUGUUCCGUGGGCGCUCAAGUGAACAUCGAAGAAGACGCAAACGGGUCGGCGGACGAGUCUCUGUGUGGAGGCCGUAACGAGUUGUACGAACCGAUGGACAGCGAUCGCGUCCGUGAUGAUGACACCUCUCCGGCAGCAAUUAGCUUCAUCGGCGAAACAGAAAAGGAGCUGACCGAUGCACCACCGAUGACAUCUUCCUGUCAGACUUGUCUCAUACAACAGCCUAACAUCCAAGCACUCAUGGGCGUCCAUUGAACUGCAAACAUGCAAAUAACAAUAUUAUCUACCAUUUACAUAUAUAAUAUAUAUCAUCAUUACAUCGCCAUAAUAUAUUAUAGUAUAUUAUUAUAUCAUACAUAGAUUUGCUUUUCAAACUAACACCACCGCCAGAACACUAGGUAACUUCCGCACCAUUAAUACGGCCAAUACAACAUUAUUAUUAUUAUCAUCAUUAUCAUUAUUAUUGUAAUUAUUGUUAUUGUUAUCAUUGUAAUAUAUUAUAUAAUAUUGUAAUGUACCUAACCUAUGACGUCUAUUAUAAGACCACGACGUAAUACGUUUAUAUUAUAUAAAAUAUGUUUAAGAACAAUAAGAAUCCCAUGACGAUUACUUGCAAAAAUAUUUAAGAGCAAUCGAAUAUUAUAAUUAUUAUUAAAUACCUAGCAAUUAUUAUUAAUUUACUUGUUAGUUAAAAGGUUUUUUUUUUUUUUAAUCAUUUUAUUUGUCAUCACUUCAUAUUAAUAUGUUUAUGUUAAUUAUUUAAGAUCACCUAAUACUUGUGUAUGUUGUACGUAACGCUCAUCGUUAAAAACGCCUAUAAUAAUAUAGUUAAUGUAUCGUUUUUAUUUUAACUAUUAAUUAUUAAUGCACAAUAACAAUUUCGGAAAUUCUACGAAUGCAUAUUAUAGGUAAUACAGGUUAUAGUUUGAAGCAGAAUAAUUUUUCAUGCAUGACGAAACAAAUUAUAACUAUAAGUUUGACCUACAUAAUAUAGAUACUAAAUAGGUAUACAGGUAUACUUACUCUAUAUUAUAUACAGGUCAAAUUAUUGAAAGGUAAAAACACUCCUCAGACAGCAUUUGAAAUUAUUAUAAUCGCAUUUAAUAAAAUUUAAAAUAGUUUGGUUGGAUUAGGUUAUUAUUUAAUAAUAUGAUAACAUAUUUGGGAAGUAUAAUCAUUCUCAAAUGUUCUCUGGGUCAUUUUCUCAAAAAGUUUUAAGCAAUUUUAGACAUUUUUUUUUUUUUUAGAUAGUUUAAAUUCGUUUCAAUAAAAAAAAUCUAGAUAACAAAUUAUAUUUUUAUUAAUUUUAAAUAAAAACAUGUAUUAAGUAUUAUUUUACUGUGCAAUAUUAAAUUUAAAUAUAUGCAUUAUCAUUCAAUAAAGUAAAAAAAAAAAAAUAAUAAUAUAACAAUAGUUAUAAAAAUAUAUAAUAAUACAAUGAAAAUAAUUAAAUUAUUUCCAAAAAUUUCUAGAGAAACUGAGUACUCGACCAUCAAAAAAAACGCCAUGCAUACAAUUCAAUCGUAUCGGAUUUCGCAUUGAAAUUAACCAAAAACUAUUUCGAUAAAUUAUAAUUGUAUACCUACUCUGCAUCAUACUACGCUUACCUAUAUAAUAUACCUAUUUAUCAGUGUUCGGAAUAAAAUUCAAUGAUUAAUAAAUGUUUUGAGUUUAUACAUAAUAUUAUGUUUAAAAUUUAAUGAAUACAUGCAUUGAAUUUAUAAAUAGUUAGUGAAAUAAAUCAUAACACAUGAAUAUAAUAUAAAAAUUCAAUCAUCAUCCGUGCUUAAUUUUGUUUAGCUAUAUUUUAAUUAAUUAAAAAAUAUAUUUUUUGCCCAACACUGAUGAUAUAUUCUUAUGAUAUAAUUAUAAUAAAUUAUGUGUAUAAAAAACAUUUCUGUUGUUCACUCGGCUAGCGUAUACUUUAGAAACAAUUUUUUUUUAUAUAUAUAUAUAUUAUAUAAUGUUAAGUAAUACAUAUCAUUACGUUUAAACGCAUAACGGUUAGACCAUUAUGUAUCCAAAUUUAUAUUAUAUUAUUACAUUUUUUGUCAUAAACAUUAUAUACAUGUGUAUUGUGUAUACUACAAUCGUAUUAUACCCACUUAGCCUACAACAAUUGUACGGUCUAAUAUAAUUGUAUUCUAGUCUUGUAAGUUUAAUAAAUUGUUUGGCAAUAUUUAA